GUGUUACAACACACUGAACAUCUAAAAUCAAGCCUUGAUUAAAUUAUAUGUAAUGGCAUCCGCGUCUACUUUUUCUUCAAUCUCAGUCUUACCCUUGCAAAAUCCGAUUUUGUCCUUUAUCUCCUCUCCUCCAAUCUCUCGGAUUCCACGGAGAACCAGAGCUUUGGUUGCCGGGCCACAUAGAAGGACUCGACGGAGACCCCGUCGGAAGCUUCCCGAUAAGGAAAUGUCCGUCGCGGUUACGAUACGGGCGCCUUCUCCGUCUCACUUGCAGGGCGAGGACGACGUCCCUCUUGCGGAUUCCAGAAACGGUGCAGGAAAAGGGGAUAUGCUGACGACGAGUGUGGAUGGAGAGGCAGCCUCUUCUACUAAAACUGCUCCUCGCAAGAACAAAUAUCACAUGAGGACGGUGAAAUGCUUUGGGGUGGAGUUGUCCCCAGAUAAUGUGGCAGUUGCUAUGGUAUAUUUUGUACAAGGUGUUUUGGGCCUUGCAAGGCUUGCUGUCAGUUUUUACUUGAAGGACGAUUUGCAUCUUGAACCAGCAGAGACAGCUGUCAUAUCUGGUUUUUCAGCAUUACCGUGGCUUGUCAAACCUCUCUAUGGGUUUAUAAGCGAUUCUGUCCCACUUUUUGGUUACCGAAGAAGGUCAUAUUUGAUUCUAUCUGGACUUCUUGGUGCACUGUCUUGGACUUUGAUGGCCAACUUUGUUGACAGCAAGUAUGAUGCUGCUUUCUGCAUACUGCUAGGAUCACUUUCUGUAGCAUUCUCUGAUGUUGUUGUAGACUCUAUGGUCGUAGAAAGAGCUCGUGGUGAGUCACAAAGCAUGUCUGGGUCUCUUCAGUCCUUGUGUUGGGGAUCCUCGGCUUUUGGUGGAAUUGUGAGCUCCUACUUUAGUGGCUCCCUAGUGGAUGCUUACGGUGUAAGGUUUGUUUUUGGUAUCACGGCUUUGCUUCCACUGAUUACUUCAGCAGUUGCGGUCCUUGUAAAAGAACAACCCGUGCUUCCAGCAAGAGGGAAAAAUCUUCCUUUGGCUAGUCUAAACUUUAUUGAAAGCUCGAAACAGAACAUUGCUCAGUUGUGGGAUGCUGUCAAGCAGCCCAAUGUACUUCUUCCUACAUUAUUUAUAUUCUUGUGGCAGGCAACACCUCAGUCAGACUCUGCCAUGUUUUUCUUCACCACAAAUAAACUUGGUUUCACCCCAGAAUUUUUGGGGCGUGUCAAACUUGUGACUUCGGUGGCAUCCCUGCUUGGUGUUGGACUGUAUAAUGGAUUUCUGAAAAACGUUCAGUUGCAGAAGAUUUUUCUUGUAACAACAGUUAUUGGUUCAUCUCUUGGAAUGACCCAGGUUUUCCUUGUAACGGGAUUGAAUCGGAAGUUUGGUAUAAGUGAUGAGUGGUUUGCAAUUGGGGAUUCUCUGAUUUUAACAGUUCUUGGUCAGGCUUCUUUCAUGCCUGUUCUUGUGCUAGCAGCAAGACUAUGUCCAGAGGGAAUGGAAGCCACACUUUUUGCAACACUCAUGUCCAUAUCAAAUGGAGGAAGCGUUCUUGGGGGGCUGAUUGGUGCUGGUCUGACCCAGCUGUUUGGUGUUACAAAAGACAGAUUUGAUAACUUGACGGCUUUGAUAAUCCUUUGUAAUUUGAGUUCAUUGUUGCCUUUGCCACUCCUCGGCCUCUUACCACGGGAUAAUCAUGAUGCCAACAAGGAAAGUGAAGAUCUUGAGAUGAAAUCUAAUUGAGAUUUGAUUGUUUGCCUCA